CUAAAAGGAUCGAAAGUUCCAAACUUUCCAUACUACUAUUGCAAAUCCCCUCUCUCUCUAUCUCUCCCCACAAAAAAAAAGUUUCUAUUUUUUCUUCUCAGGGGCGAGUUUCGCUGGUCUUGUGUCUGAUCUCUCUUCACAGCUAAAGUGUAUUUGUCUUAAUUCUACUGAAUUGAGUUGAAAUUUCUGCAAAUUAGGGUUUCCGUGAGGACCUUUGUUCGUUCAAUCGAGCUUGGAUUGGUGAAUUCUUAAGGGCUUUUGAUUUGGGGGGUGGAGAGGAGGAGGAGGAGUAAGGAGGAAUGUUUUAUUCGCAGUUUAUAUUAGCAAAGAAAGGACCACUUGGGACAAUAUGGAUUGCUGCCCAUUUGGAGAGGAAGCUUCGUAAGAAUCAGGUCGCUGAUACUGACAUCGGUGUCUCCGUUGAUUCUAUUCUCUUUCCGGAAGCUCCAAUCGCAUUGCGAUUGUCUAGUCAUCUUCUCCUUGGUGUGGUUCGUAUAUAUUCCAAAAAGGUGAACUACCUCUUUGAUGAUUGCAGCGAGGCCUUGCUUAAGGUAAAGCAAGCUUUCCGCUCCGCUGCGGUUGACCUGCCCCCGGAAGAAUCCACAGCACCUUAUCAUUCAAUUACGUUACCUGAGACGUUUGAUCUUGAUGAUUUUGAGCUUCCUGACAGUGAGAUCUUCCAGGGCAGUAAUUACGUUGAUCAUCAUGUUAGUACAAGAGAGCAGAUCACCCUUCAGGACACCAUGGAUGGUGUUGUAUACUCAACAUCGCAAUUUGGAUUAGAUGAGAGAUUUGGUGAUGGCGACACUUCUCAAGCUGCUUUGGAGCUUGAAGAGGAAGUAUUCCAGGAUAAGGAUCUAAUGGGAUCAGAUGAUGAGGGAGUUCAAGGAACUGAUCACAAUGCGUAUCUGGAUGCGGCAACACCGCAGAUAAAGGAUGAUGUGGUAGGAGUUUCUGAAGCGACGCCCAGAGAUUUCAACCAAGAGCAGGUUGAAGAUCUUGCUAUGAGGAAUGAGUUCAUCGAAGACGCUCAAGCUCCUCAAACCCCUGGAUUAGUCGAGGUGCCGAACUCGUCUAGUGUUAGAGACCAGCUGGCAUGCGAUGACCACAUGGAGGUAGAUGAUUUGAAUGCAGAAGAAGAAGGUAGGAAGGCCUCUGAAGAUCUGGAUGCUAAUGAGACGAAUAAACCUGGUCAAGACCUGCCUUCUGAAUCAGAGGUUGUUCCCAUGGAGGUGGAUACGUCGCUGAUAGAUGAAAAUGCCAACGCACAAAACGAGCCGGAGGAGGAGGAGAGAUCAGAGCAUGUACAUGUUAGUACAUCGCCAUGUUGUUCUCACAUCACCACCGAGGUGGAGGAUCCUGGUCAAGUAGUCACUGAGGCAGGAACCGAUGUUAGUAACGUUGUAGCAGAUAAGUCAGAUGAUGUUCCCCCAGUUGAGUCCCCUGGAGAGCCUACGGUGAAUAACGCUGAGCAAUGUCUAUCCCAAGAACCAAAAGAUCAUGAAGAAGAGAACCAUCAUGUUGCCAUUGCCACUGAGGUCAAUCAGGGAACAGAUUCCAGUGUACAAGGAGAUGAGCAAGCGUACAGUAAAGCAGAUGAGCAACUAAAUGAAUCGCACGCAACUGAAGAUUUGCCUGCACCUGAAAAGGUAUUAGCUGCACCUGAGAGACAUGGGGAUGAUGAAACUGGUUUCAUGGUUGAAUCCACACCAGAUAGAGAAGACCCUGGCACACGCAACGAGGAUGCAGGAAAUAAUAAAAUUACCGGGAAAAAACGCACUUUUACUGAGAGCACAAUAACAGCUGAAAGCCUGAACUCUGUUGAGUCAGUUGGACUGAUUCAGUCUAAGAGAACUGCAGAUUCUGUUCCUGAUGACGAUGACUUGUUGUCUUCUAUCUUGGUUGGAAAGUCAUCUUUUCUGAAGAUGAGGUCUACCCCUGUGCUUGAAAUAGCAACUACAAAACGGUCACGAGCUGCUCCUCGUUCUACUGCCACAAAGAGGAAGGUUCUAAUGGAUGACCCCAUGGUCUUACAUGGAGAUGUUAUACGGGAACAGCUGACAAAUACUGAAGGUAUACGCCGUGUGCGAAAGAAGGCACCUUGCACCAUUGCUGAAAUCGUAAUGCUUCAAAGGCAAGCUUUGGAGGAUGGACUCUUGAAGGAGCCAAUACUCACUGGUAUGUCAGUGGAAUUAGUAUCUCUACACAAUGAACCCUUUGAUCUAAGAGGAAUCACAAUAAUCGAGAAUGAUGACCGUCAUGCUUCUGUUGGAGUGGUGGAAGAUAGUGAAUGUGCUGUUAGGAGUGUGGAAGAAAAUGCAACUGAAGAAGUCUCUGCUCCUCAAGUUCGUCCAGAUGGUUCUGAAGAGCAACCUGCUGAGGCUCUUACUCACCCACAAGACCAACAGGGGGAAGCGAAAGAGGAUACCGAGCUUGGUGAAACAGCAUGUGCGUUAGAAGCUUCAAAAGAAGGCGAUGGAGCUACUGAUGAAGUAAAUCUUGUAGUGAAUGACCAGAUCAGUCAAAUGCCACCUGAGGACAAGCUCGAUCAUGUAGAGGAUUUACAGGUGGAAGGGUACCAUGAACACCAUGAUGGAGAUCUAGGCGGUGAAGAUGUUUGUGCUGAUGUUCAAGAAAAAAGUUGCGGUGGUGUUAUCGAAAUUACUGAAGGCGACGUUGAUCACAACGAGAUUCUCAACGAGACAGACUUGAAAGUUGAAGAUGAGCUUCCACGUGAAGAUAAGAAGGCGGAUGCAUCAGCUGAAGUCAGCGAGGUUGGGAUAGACGACCAGAAUCCACACGAUAACACAGUUGGUUCUGUUGAAACUGAACGCUUAGAAGAAGCUGGUGAGUGUAGUAAUUUGGGUUUGGAAAGUUUCAACGAACCUCUUGUGGAAGCAAAUAAUGAUGGGGUGAAUCAUAUCAACUACGAACCACAUAAUGAGAUGUUUAAUGAAGAGGCUUAUAUGCAAAGUGCACGAGAUGCGGAAGCUCUUUCUGGCGAUGGUCUUAUGAGAGAUAAUGACGAAACGGAUACAAUGGAAAUGGCACAUGACACAGGAUUUUUGAACGUGGACGAUGAUGAAGUCGAUGAAGAUCAUGAAGAAGACGAUGGUAUUCAAGAAGGUGAUGAAACUCGUCUUCUAGAGAACAGUGGAUGGUCUUCUCGUACCAGGGCUGUGGCGAAGUAUCUCCAGACGAUACUUGAUAAAGAAGCUGAGAAUGGGAAGAGUGGUGUUGUAGCAGACAAACUUUUAGCUGGGAAAACCCGUAAAGAAGCAUCGAGGAUGUUCUUUGAAACCCUGGUUUUGAAAACCAGAGAUUAUAUCCAAGUUGAACAAGUUAAGCCCUACGAAAGCAUCACCAUCAAACCUCGACCAAAACUCACCAAAUCCAUCUUCUAGACAAAGAAGAUCGAGUCUUAUAGUUGCAGAUAGGUAGUUUGGUCCAAACCAGAAAAUAUCAUCCGAGAUAAGUUAUACAUUUUCCCCUCUUUCUAAGGCAAAGUAGUAGCAAUGGUGUUGUAGCUUUGACGAUCCAUGUAGCUUGGAGGAGGUUUGAUGUUUGUCAUUUAUUUCACCCUUAUCUAUGAGUUGCUGUAUGUAUAUAUUGGUGCUACCAUGAUCGUCACCAGUUUAAAUUUGAGAGAUGCUAAUUCUAUUGUCUUUGUAUAACCGAAAGUUCUCUGCUUUGUUAUAUUGAACUUGAGGAGAAUGUCAAAGAUUUAUU